UUCAAUCAUCUCACGACUAGUUCUACUACAUGCACCAUUGAUGAGCAUCGCUACUUCCAAAUCUAUCAUCAUGCGCGCUCAGAAAGCCAUCAUCGGCAGCGUCCUCGCUGCCGCGACAUGUGCAAUCGCCUCACGAUCUGAACAGACUAUUCUCAAGCCCAGCCCCGUCAGGCCACACAACGGCAUUGAGACGGGCGUGGGACACUUCAGCGAGUGGAGCCGUGCCACGAAAAAGGAGUUCUUGAUCGACUGGCAGGCAGGCAGGUCGAACGAAUGGGUAUUCGUGCAAGGCAAUGAAGGAGGCGACCUUGAUUCCUUGACUGCUGCCAUAACCUGGGCAUAUCACCUCGAGCACUCGACUCAGAAUACCUCGAAUCCGGUCAAGGCUAUCGCAUUACUACAAACUCCCACAGAUGCUCUCGACUUGCGCCCGGAAAAUAAGCUCGCCCUUCAAAAGUCCCAAAUGAGCUCUGGCCACAGCGAUCUGCUCACGAUCGACGAAUUGCCGGAAGAUCCUGAGACUUUAGCGAAAGACCUCAAGGGAAUCGUGCUCGUCGACCAUGCCGUGCCAUUGCGCAAGUGGGCCAAGGCAUCAAUUCUAUCCAUCUUCGACCACCAUGUCGACCAGGGAGCUGGUCCCGAUGCCUCGCCUCGCAUCUUCGAAACUGUAGCAAGCUGCACCACUCUUGUAGCACGUCAGAUGCUCGACGAGCUCGAAGCGCUGCCAGAAGAGUACCACAUGCCUCAUGAGCUGCUCGAGCUCAUCCUUGGCGCAAUCACGAUUGACUCCAAGGGUCUGGAAGAAGCCACGAAGGAAGACAUCAAAACUGCCAAGCGUGUACUCAAGCGCAGUAAUUGGCACAAGCGCGAUUUGGAAGACCAGAUGCAAAGUCUGAACGACGAGCUGAAAGAAGCGAAAAAGGAUCUGGACGGGCUCAGCGUUCGUGAUCUCUUGCGUCGAGACUACAAAGGCGACCUGGUCGACACUCCCUCCCCACGAACACCCACUGUGAGCCUCGGAUUUGCCUCGAUCCCUUUCUCUCUCGACGAACAAAUCAAAAAGACCGAAUUCCAAGCCCUCUUCAACUGGUUCACCAUCGAAGCCGCAUGGACCGCUCAAGUCGGCAUGGACAUCAGCGUCGCUCUCAACAAAUACAAAAUCCACGACAAACACGGCAACAAGCAAAAAGUCCGCGAAAUCGUCCUGGUCGUCCGCAGCGACGUGCGAAUCGAUGAAGAUCAAGCCGACGAUCUCUUCCGCACCGUCUCCAAAGCCAUCGAAGACGAACCCACCCUCAAAGCGAAGCCUUGGCAUCGUGCUAGCGAGCUGGGAAAGAGACAAAUGGUCUGGACGCACGAACGUGAAGAUGCGGGAAGGAAAGUCAUUCGUCCCAUUAUUGAACGCGCUGUCGAAGCGUGGGAUUAGGUACCUCUGUGGAGUGGAAUGCCCGCUCGUGUGGCUACUGUGAUGACGACGACGACGACGACUUCUUCUUCCUCUUUUGCCCGCCGUCCGUAUUCAUAUCGUCAGUUGUAUGAUUGAUUGAUGAUAAAUAUUCUUCAGACUUGAUAAGGAGGUACCAGGUUACAUAUUCUCACACCAUUGGUAUAAAAGUUCAAAAGUUUC